AUGGAGGCUGAGAGACCCCAGGAAGAAGAGGAUGGCGAGCAGCAUCAGGGCCCCCAUCAGGAUGAGCAUGGCUGGCCCACUGUGAACACCAGCGAUCGGCCUUGGCGAUCUGCUCCUCCGUCCCCUCCUCCUCCAGGGUCCCGCCAGACAGCCCUGGGGCCCCGCUCGGCCUCCCUGCUCUCCCUGCAGACUGAGCUCCUUCUGGACCUGGUGGCUGAGGCCCAGUCCCGCCGCCUAGAAGAGCAGAGGGCCACCUUCCAUCCCCCCAAGAACCGUCCAAGCCUAGGCCAAGCCCCGCCCCGGCCUCUUGAGGACAGAGAACAGCUCUACAGCACCAUCCUCAGUCACCAGAGCCAGCGGAUGGAAGCCCAGCGGUCAGAGCCUCCCUUACCCCCAGGGGGACAGGAGCUCCUGGAGUUGCUGCUGAGAGUUCAGGGUGGGGGUCGAAUGGAGGAGCAAAGGUCCCAGCCCCCCCCCCACACCUGCUGAGACUUGAGCCCCACCAGCCCCCUCUGCACUCCUGUGGCUCAAAAGCUGGGCAGCCCACUGCAUGCCCUCAACCCUGCCAGGCAGGGGCACCAGAGACUGGAAGACCCAGCAGAAAUCUCAGUAUUCAUCGCCCUCAUCCACCUUUCCUGGGAACCGGAGCGGGUGAAAUCCUCAAACCCUGGGAAUAGUCAAGGUAGGAUGGACAUUGAACUCCCUCCAUGACCAAGUAUGUAGGAGCUUGAGGCCAUGAGAGGAUCCCAGCCACAGUGGGACACCUCACCCUCUCCUCUGAUCUCAGGGAGUGGCUGGGAGUCUUUGUCCUGAACUGUGGGGACACCCCCCGUAGUCAAGCCACCAGGCAGGAUCUGAGGGGCUCAUUUCCCAGAGGAAAGGCAAAUCUCCCAAGGUUUUCACCUGAGAGACAGUUCCACCCUCCUUCUCAGUAAGAAGAAAGGAAGAGAGGGCACAGCAAAGACAUAAAGACUGUUCUCCCACCUCCAUCACCGGCACACCCAGCCCCUGGACUGAGGGGCCUACAGGCUGUGAAUGGACAUUUAGCCCUGCCCACCCUCCCUUCCCACUGCUGUUCUGAGCUGUCUGAUGUUUGGUUAUAUGAAUAAAUGUAAUUCCCCUCUGGA